AUGGUUGUUCAUACCAGCGAUCCGCGCGUAAAAGACUUGAAGAGUGAAGCACUCCCAGCACCUCUCGGCAGCCCAGGUAGGCAGCCCUCCAAGAAGCGCUCUUGGGGGAGCAUGCUCGUCCUUCUCGGCAUUCCCUUUGGUGCUCUCGGUGUCCUCGGUCUGACCAGCUCGCACUGGCACUCGGGGCCCCAGACGGCCAUCUCUCGCUUGCACUCUUUCAAGGGCCGGGAUUCCCGGGAGAUUCCGGACGCUGCACAAGUGAUCAACCCGAAAGACUUUGCGGUGUUGGACUAUGUCCAACCUGGUACCGAAUUCAACGGCUUUUCCCUAUUUGUCCCCCCUGGCGCCACCGAAGACUCUCUGAAGGAGAAGCCCUUCCAUAUCUACGACGAGUCCUUUUACGACAUCAUUGGCGACAGCCCCAGCCUCACCCUUCUCGCUGACGGCGGUGACAAUCCACUGUUUCACGAGGCUGUCGUAUGGCAUAAUGAAACGGACGAGGUGUUCUUUGCGCAAGCCGCUGCUAUGGAUCUUGGAUUUGGGCUCAACAAGUCGGCGGUGGUGCAGAAAAUCUCUCUCUCUCAGGCUCAAGACGUCCAAGAAGGGACCAGAAACUCGACGGAUGUCACUGUGGUGAACAGCACUACUCAAGUUGUCAAUCCCAACGGCGGCACUGCCUACAGAGGAAAGAUCAUCUUCACUGGACAGGGACAAGGUUCCAAUGUCACAUCUGCGCUUUACGAGCUCGACCCUAAUGAACCCUACAAGACUACUGUCAUCCUCAACAAUUUCUUCGGUCGACAAUUCAGCAGCUUGAACGAUAUCUCUGUGAACCCUCGCAACAAAGAGCUCUACUUCUCUGAUGUCACGUACGGGUGGCUUUCAGGGUUCCGACCGGCUCCCAUCAUUGCCAAUCAGGUCUAUAGGUUCAACGUCGAUACCGGCGUCGUCCAGGUGGUGGCAGAUGGGAUUAACAUGCCCAAUGGUGUUACGUUCUCUCCCGGUGGCCAGUACGCGUAUAUCUCUGACACUGGUAUCUCUGCUGGCAACUUCGGCACGAACUAUACCUAUCCUGCUACCAUCUACCGAUACGAUGUCCAAGAUGAUGGGAGCUUUGAGAACCGCAAGGUCUUUGUGUUUACUCAUGUCGGUAAUGCAGACGGUUUGAAGACCGACUCCAAUGGAAACGUUUAUGCUGGAGUCGGCGAUGGUAUCCAUGUUUUCAAUCCCUCCGGUCUACUCAUCGGAAAGAUCUAUCUGGGAGAAACUUCGGCCAAUUUUGCCUUUGCUGGCGAUGGGAAGAUGGUCAUUGGCGCCGAGACGCAGCUGUAUUAUGCCACCUUGGCGGCCAAGACUUGGAAUCCAGAGGCGUAA